AUGUUCAGAAAACUCGCACAAUCAAUGGGUCUAGCCAACGAACCCCCAGAGUACGUCUACUUUACGUAUUCGUCGCACAAGAUCCAAAUCUCGUUUGACCCGGAGGACUCGAAAAAUGAAAAGGACCCCAAGGCCGGCGUGACGGUGGGAUUCUUGCGAGAACGAGUUCGAAUUUUCAUCCAGGACGACCAGAGAGCCAAGCGACAGGCGCGAAUCAAGGCCAAGGAGGAGAAGGAGGAGCAGGAGCGAAAGGCCAAGCUGGGCAAGGGCAAAAGUCGACCUCCUAAGAAGAAGAAGGGCAAGGGUGAGACCGAGAGCGCCUCUCCCGAGCCUGAGGAGGUGCGAUCCAACCAGGUGGAUGAGGUGUAUGCUCCUGUGCUUCUGUCCCAGGUCAUUUUGAUCCACGACGGCAAGAAGCUGCUGGACAACUCCAAGCCUCUGGCCGCCUGUGGCGUCAAGACCGGCGACAUGAUCACUGUGCUGCUCAAGCAGGAGGAAUACAAGCCGCCUCCCACGGUGACGGCCAACGCCCCUUCUGCUCCCCCCAAGGAGAAGCUGUCUCCCCACCAGCAGAUUGACAAGACUCUGAGAGACACCGAGGCCGAGCUUGGCCCGCUUAUCAAGAAAUACAUUGACGAGUCCAAGACUCGAACCGUCGGCGCCGUGGCCCCCAAGGAGCAGCAUCGACGGCUUUGUGAGAUGGUCCUCCAGCGACAAUUCACUCUGGACGACGUGGAGACCAACGGUGACCCCGAGAUCCGAGCGCUGCGAAAGCAGGCCGUAAACAAGAUGCACCAGUACCACGAGAGCCUAGACGAGGCGCUGGCGCGAUUCGAGCACGGCGAGGAGAAGAAGGACGUUGAGGAGAAGAAGAAGGAGAAGCAGGAGGAAAAGAAGGAAGAGAAGAAGGAGGAGACUAAGCAGCAGCCCCAGAACGGAGGAGCCAAGAAGGGCGGAAAGAAGGGCAAGGGCGCAAAGAAGUAA